AUGCCAUACAGCCUCCUUGCUGCAGGGAAGGAACAGUGGGAGGCGUCUCCGGGGCCCUGGAGAAGGGGGCAGAGGGGGCCCACAGCCUCCCCCCUGAGCUUGGGGCUGGAGGGGUCGUCGGAGGUCCAGCUGGCACUAGAGACGGUUAUCCAGACACUGGAGAGCAGUGUCCUGGGGCCAGUCCAGGAGAAGGGCCUGAGCGUGCAGGACCCGGCCCAGGACUGUCAGCCCGCUUGCCUGCCCGCCCGCGUCAGGGAGAUUGUCACCCGCAACUUCUCCCGGCCUGAGAGCCCAGCCCUGCUGCCGCCCACAGAGAUGGCAUCGAUGCUGUCGCUGCAGGAGGAGAACCAGCUGCUGCAGCAGGAGCUGUCCCGCGUGGAGGACCUGCUGGCCCAGAGCCGAGCCGAGCGCGACGAGCUGGCCAUCAAGUACAAUGCAGUCAGCGAGAGGCUGGAGCAGGCUGUGCGAUUGGAGUCUGGGGAGCUGGAAACACAAGAGCCCAGGGGGCUGGCACGGCAGAGCGCGGAGCUGCGGAGGCAGCUGCAGGAGGAGCAGGCCUCCUACCGGCGCAAGCUGCAGGCCUACCAGGAGGGCCAGCAGCGGCAGGCCCAGCUCGUGCAGCGGCUGCAGGUCAAGAUCCUCCAGUACAAGAAGAAGUGCUCGGAGCUGGAGCAGCAGCUGCUGGAGAGGUCCACGGAGCUGGAGCAGCGGCGGCUCAGGGACACGGAGCACAGCCAGGACCUGGAGAGCGCCCUCAUCCGCCUGGAGGAGGAGCAGCAGAGGAGCGCCAGCCUGGCCCAGGUGAACGCUAUGCUCCGAGAGCAGCUGGACCAGGCGAGCUCGGCCAACCAGGCUCUGAGUGAGGACAUCCGUAAGGUGACCAGCGACUGGACACGGAGCUGCAAGGAGCUGGAGCAGCGGGAGGCGGCGUGGAGGCGCGAGGAGGAGUCCUUCAACACCUACUUCAGCAGCGAGCACAGCCGCCUGCUCCUUCUCUGGAGGCAGGUGGUGGGAUUCCGACAGCUGGUCAGCGAGGUGAAGAUGUCCACCGAGAGGGACCUGCUGCAGCUGGGAGGGGAGCUGGCCCGGACCUCACGAGCCAUCCAGGAGGCAGGCCUGGGGCUGAGCGCAGGCCUGCAGCUGGCCGAGAGCCGGGCCGAGGCGGCCCUGGAGAAGCAGGCGCUGCUGCAGGCCCAGCUGGAGACUCAGCUGCGGGACAAGGAGCUCCAGGAGAAGGACCUGGCCCGGCUGCAGGUGCAAAACAGCCUGGACAAGGCUGACCUCAGCGCCAGGGUGAAGGAGCUGGCCCUGACAGUGGAGCGCCUUCAGAACCAGAAUCUGGAGAAGGAUCAGGUCAACAAGGCCCUCACCGAGAAGCUCGAGGCCCUGGAAUCCCUGCGGCUCCAGGAGCAGGCGGCCCUGGAGACAGAGGAUGGAGAGGGGCUGCAGCAGACCCUGAGGGACCUGGCACAGGCGGUCCUGUCGGACAUGGAGAGCGGCGUCCAGCUAAGCGGCUCCGAGCACACGGCGGACGCGUCGGACGGCAGCCUGCGGGGGCUCUCGGGCCCCCGGACCCCGUCCCCGCCGCGGCGCUCCUCGCCCGGCCGCGGCCGUUCCCCGCGCCGAGGCCCGUCCCCGGCCUGCUCCGACUCCUCCACGCUCGCCCUGAUCCACUCCGCCCUGCACAAGCGCCAGCUGCAGAUCCAGGACAUGCGUGGGCGCUAUGAGGCCAGCCAGGACCUGCUGGGCACCCUGCGGAAGCAGCUUAGUGACAGCGAGGGUGAGCGCCGUGCCCUAGAGGACCAGCUGCAGCGUCUGCGGGACAAGACCGACGAGGCCACCCAGGCCCAGGAGGAUGCCCAGCGCGAGGCCCAGCGUCUGCGGGGUGCCAUCGACCUCCUGAGCAGGGAGAAGGACAGCCUGGCCCACAGCCUGCAGGCGGCCCAGGAGCAGGCCGAGGAGCUACGGCAGGAGCGGGAGAAGCUGCAGGUGACCCAGGAGGAGCUGCGGCGCCAGCGGGACCUGCUGGAGGAGGAGCGGGAGGACACGGCGCAGGACGGCGCGAGGACGCGCAGGGAGCUCGAGCGCAGCCACAGACAGCUCGAGCAGCUGGAGGAGAAGCGCUCAGGGCUGGCGAAGGAGCUGGUGGAGGUGAAGGAGGCGCUGGGCUGUGCCACGCUGCAGCGGGACGUGCUGCAGGCCGAGAAGGCCGAGGUGGCCGAGGCGCUGACCAAGGCCGAGGCUGGCCGCGUGGAGCUGGAGCUCUCAGUAACCAAGCUGAGGGCCGAAGAGGCCUCCCUGCGGGACUCCUUGUCCAAGCUGAGCGCCCUCAACGAGAGCCUCGCCCAGGACAAGCUGGGUCUGAACCGCCUCGUCGCCCAGCUGGAGGAGGAGAAGGCAGCCCUGCUGGGCCGGCAGCGGCAGGUGCAGCAGGAGGCCGCCUUGGCGCGGGGGGCGCAGGAGCGGCUGGAGCAGCUGCGGCUGGAGCAGGAGGUGGAGCGGCAGGGCCUGGAGGGCUCCCUGCGGGUGGCGGAGCAGGCCCGGGAGAGCCUGGAGCACCAGCUCCCCGCGCUGCGCCAGGAGCGCGGCCGGCUGCAGGAGCAGCUGGCCCAGCUCUCCCGGCAGCUGAGCGGGCGGGAGCAGGAGCUGGAGCAGGCGCGGCGGGAGACGCAACGGCAGGUGGAGGCGCUGGAGCGGGCGGCCCGGGAGAAGGAGGCACUGGCCAAGGAGCGGGCCGGCCUGGCCGUGCAGCUGGCAGCAGCUGAGCGAGAAGGGCGGACCCUCUCGGAGGAGGCCACGCGCCUGCGCUUGGAGAAGGAAGCCCUGGAGAGCAGCCUGUUUGAGGUGCAGCGGCAGCUGGCCCAGCUCGAGGCCCGCCGGGAGCAGCUAGAAGCUGAGGGGCAGGCCCUGCUGCUGGCCAAGGAGACCCUGACUGGGGAGCUGGCGGGCCUGCGGCAGCAGAUGACAACUGCAGAGGAGAAGGCGGCUCUGGACAAGGAGCUGAUGGCCCAGAAGCUGGUGCAGGCUGAGCGGGAGGCCCAGGCCUCUAUGCGGGAGCAGCGGGCAGCCCAUGAGGAGGACUUGCAGCGACUCCAGCGAGAGAAGGAGGCGGCAUGGCGGGAGCUGGAGGUAGAGCGGGCCCAGCUGCAGAGCCAGCUGCAGCAGGAGCGGGAGGAGCUGCUGGCCCGGCUGGAGGCCGAGAAGGAAGAGCUGAGCGAGGAGAUCGCGGCCCUGCAGCAGGAGCGGGAUGAGGGCCUCCUCCUGGCCGAGAGCGAGAAGCAGCAGGCCCUGUCCCUGAAGGAGUCCGAGAAGACGGCGCUGUCGGAGAAGCUCAUGGGCACACGGCACAGCCUGGCUACCAUCUCCCUGGAGAUGGAGCGGCAGAAGCGAGAUGCUCAGAGCCGGCAGGAGCAGGACCGGAGCACCGUGCACGCCCUGACGUCCGAGCUGCGGGACCUGCGGGCCCGGCUGGAGGAGGCCACCGCGGCCCAUGCCCAGGAGGUGAAGAGGCUGCACGAGCAGGCCCAAGACCUGGGCAGGCAGCGGGAAUCCUGUGUGCGCGAGGCAGAAGAGCUUCGGACGCAGCUGCGCCUGCUGGAGGACGCCCGCGACGGGCUGCGGCGGGAGCUGCUGGAGGCCCAGCGCAGGGUGCGCGAGAGCCAGGACGGCCGCGAGGCCCAGCGCCAGGAGGCGGGCGAGCUGCGGCGCAGCCUGAGCGAGGGGGCCAAGGAGCGCGAGGCCCUGCAGCGGUCCAAUGAGGAGCUGCGGGCCGCCGUCAAGAAGGCGGAGAGCGAGCGCGUCAGCCUGAAACUUGCCAACGAGGACAAGGAGCAGAAGCUGGCGCUCCUCGAGGAGGCCCGGGCGGCCGUGGGGAAGGAGGUAGGGGAGCUGCGCGCUGGGCUGCAGGAGGUGGAGCGCUCGCGGCUGGAGGCCCGGAGGGAGCUGCAGGAGCUCCGGCGGCAGAUGAAGACGCUGGACAGUGAGAACGCCAGGCUGGGCCGGGAGCUGGUGGAGCUGCAGGGCCGCCUGGCGCUGGGCGAGCGGGCAGAAAAGGAGGGCCGCCGGGAGGCGCUGGGCCUCCGCCAGAAGCUGCUGAAGGGCGAGGCCAGCCUGGAGGCCGUGCGGCAGGAGCUCCAGGGAGCCCAUCGGAAGCUGCAGGAGCAAGAGGGCGAGUUCCGGGCCCGCGAGCGAAGCCUGCUGGGCUCCCUGGAGGAGGCGCGCGGCGCCGAGAAGCAGCAGCUGGACCACGCCCGCGGGCUGGAGCUGAAGCUGGAGGCGGUGCGGGCCGAGGCCGCGGAGCUGGGGCUGCGGCUGAGCGCGGCCGAGGGCCGGGCGCAAGGCCUGGAGGCCGAGCUGACAGAUACACACCCGCCCGACCCCUUCCAGAAACCCCUUCAGAAGAGAUGCUCCCAAGGGGACCCUGUUUGUGCUGUGGGAAGCUCACAUGGGUUGCUGGUUACAGCAGGAUGUGUGAGCUGCAUUAGGAGCCUGCAGGCAGCAUCCAGGCAGGAGAGGCCAGUAGCUCCUGCACCCCUGAACACAUCUCCUCCUCCAGGAAGUGGGGAAGGGCUCAGCAGCCCCAGCCCCUUGGAAUGCAGCCCUGGGUCCGAGCCACCAUCCCCAGGACCUGCCACCUCUCCGGCGUCUCCAGACCUGGACCCGGAGGCGGUGCGGGGGGCCCUCCGGGAAUUCCUGCAGGAGCUGCGGAGCGCCCAGAGAGAACGGGACGAGCUUCGGGCCCAGAUGAGUGCCCUGAGUCGCCAGCUGGUGGACUUGGAGGCUGAGAGGGACGGUGCAGCCUCACGGGCACGGCAGCUGCAGAAGGCUGUGGCCGAGAGUGAGGAAGCCCGGCGCAGUGUGGAUGGGCGGCUGAGCGGGGUCCAGGCGGAGCUGGCACUGCAGGAGGAGAGCGUGCGGCGCAGCGAGCGGGAGCGCCGGGCCGCGCUGGACCAGGUGGCCACCCUGGAGAGGAGCCUGCAGGCCACCGAGAGUGAGCUCCGGGCCAGCCAGGAGAAGAUCAACAAGAUGAAGGCCAACGAGGUAAAGCUGGAGAGCGACAAGCGGCGCCUGAAGGAGGUGCUGGAUGCCUCCGAGAGCCGCACCAUCAAGCUCGAGCUGCAGCGGCGCUCGCUCGAGGGGGAGCUGCAGCGCAGCCGCCUGGGCCUGAGCGACCGUGAGGCCCAGGCCCAGGCCCUCCAGGACCGGGUGGACUCCCUGCAGAGACAGGUGGCAGACAGUGAGGUGAAGGCAGGGACUCUGCAGCUGACAGUGGAUCGGCUGAACGGGGCCCUGGCCAAGGUGGAGGAGAGCGAGGGGGCCCUGCGGGACAAGGUACAAGGCCUGACGGAGGCCCUGGCCCAGAACAGCGCCAGCCUCACCAGCGCCCAGGACAAGAGCCUGCGCCUGCAGAAGGCCCUGACCGCCUGUGAACAUGACCGCCAAGUGCUCCAGGAACGGCUGGAGGCCGCUCGGCAGGCAUUAUCCGAGGCGCGGAAGCAGAGCGUCUCCCUGGGCGAGCAGGUGCAGACGAUGGGGGGCGAGCUGGCGGACCUGGAGCUGCAGCGGGCGGAGGCCGAGGGGCGGCUGCAACAGCUGCAGGAGGUGCUGCGGCAACGACAAGAGAAUGAGGCUGUGACGCUGCACACGGUCCAGAAGCUGCAGGACGAGCGGCGGCUGCUGCAGGAGCGCCUGGGCAGCCUGCAGCGGGCCCUGGCUCAGCUGGAGGCCGAGAAGCGGGAGGCAGAGCGGUCAGCCUUGCGGCUGGAGAAGGACAGGGUGGCCCUCAAGAAGACGCUGGACAAGGUGGAGCGGGAGAAGCUUCGCAACCACGAGGACACAGUGCGGCUGAGUGCGGAGAAGGGUCGCCUGGACCGCACCCUCACAGGGGCUGAGCUGCAGCUGGCCGAGGCCCAGAGGCAGAUCCAGCUGCUGGAGGCCCAGGUGGUGACGCUGGGGCAGGACCAUAGCCCAGCCCGGCUGGAGGCUGAUGAGCAGCAACGGCAGGAGCUGCAGCAGGAAGUGGAGCGCCUGCGCAGUGCCCAGGUGCAGACGGAGCGCACGCUGGAGGCGCGGGAGCGGGCCCACCGGCAGAGGGUGCGUGGGCUGGAGGAGCAGGUGUCCACGUUGAAGGGACAGCUGCAGCAAGAGCUUCGAAGGAGCUCAGCAUCCUUCUCCCCGCCCUCCGGCCCCCCCGAGAAAUGAGCCCCUUCCCAGUUGGCAUCCUGGAAAGCAGCCCCCAGAGGGCCUCCUCUCCAGCGCAGUCCACCCAGCGCCUGGGGCCGUCGGGGCCUCCAGAGCCCUGCUGGGGGCUAGGAGGAGCCGGGAUGGGGGUGCUGAGGGGCCAGGACUCCAGCGCCAGGCCAGACCCUGGAGGCACUUCCCAGCACCACGAGCCGCCCGCCCCCUGUGGGCCCACCUCAGUCUAGCGGCCUGCCCC